UCUUUUCUUCCCUCCCAGCCGCCUUUUUUCUUUUUUCCAAAAGGAAUCCGUCCCAAAAAACUCCUUCCCAGAGAAUUCACUUCCCCAGGCCCGGUCCAAUUCCUCCCUCCGUAGAAUUUUCUGGCCCACAAUAAAAUGGCCGCCCUCUCCAAUGUCAUUAAUCCCCAUCCAGCUGGGCUUUAAGCCCAGCUUUCGAGAAUUGUUUGCCGGUGCAACUUCUUUUUCGUGUUUUCUUCACCUGUAAUACAUCAAACUCAUGGCACUAGGCAGUAAUGGUUUUUCAACCAUUCUCGGGUUAGCGAGCCCUAAAAUAGCACCAAUUGGCUAAAACAUACCACGGGAUAAUCACAUAAAGUCCAAGAAUCCGAUAUAAUAAAGCCGAAUAUCAUUUGCCGAGCUGGAUUUGGAUGAAGAGGAUGAUGAGUCCCCAGUUGCUGAACUGGUUACUAAGUUUGCAAGUUUGGCACUAGAGGAUGAGUCGUGAAAUGUCAUGAUGACCCGUACUGGAGCAAGAAUCAACUUGUCUAUUGAGACAGCAAGGCAACACAAGAGUUCCCAACAAAUCCUAAGGGAAUUCUACGAGGAUGGACACAAAUACGUAGGCGUACUUAGCGAGGAUGAUGGUCGGUAUCCUUACUACGUACUGUAUCAAGGACCAGAAGGAUCCACAAGCCUUCCUCUUGAGAACUCUACAUGGGGUUCAGAAUUUGAUGAAGAAGAUAACUCAGUGGUUUUCGAAGAGAAGCUAGAUGAAAAUAAUGCUAUGCAUGUGGCAACAAGAAAGGGGAAAGAGGUUGUCAUUGUAGGAUCAACAGUUGAGGAACCAAGUCGAGUUAUUGUUUUCAAUGAGCCAGAUGCAAAGAUGCUUCGACAUCUCAGGCCAUUGUACAUAAAAGCUCAUAUUAAAAAUGUAUCAAUGUCAAGAGUGUUAGUUGACAAUGGUGUUGCUGUGAACGUGAUGCCCACACGUAUGCUUAGGAAGUUGGGAAAGAGUGAAAAUGAACUUAUCCCAACAGAGGUGUUUGUUACUAGCUUCAAUAGUGGUUCCACAACUACAAGGGGAUACCACCAGUAGUUGUAGAGUGGGUAGCCAAGAGAGAAUGGUGGCUUUCUUUGUCAUUGAGGAAGCAAUCAGCUACAAUGCUUUGCUUGGUAGAGACUAGAUACAUGCUAAUAAGUGUGUGUCGUCAUCACUGCACCAGUGUUUAAUGUUAUGGAACAAGGAUAGUGUGGUCGAAGUGGCACGAGUUGACACCAAACCAUUUGCGGUUGGAACCAAUAUAGCGUAAGCUCCCCUUUACCAUGGGGAUUUUGGCCCUCUGGAGAUCAAGACAGUGGAUGAUGGAUCGUGUACCAUGGUGAUGUCCAAUGCAAAGGUGUUGAGCAAAUAAUGUGUUGACCCUCUAUCUGAAAUAGUGAGACCAUCAAUGUUUGUUGUGGAUGGUCCACCCUAAGCUGAGACAUCAUCCAUAAAUGAGUAAGCCACUCCAUACAAGAGUGGCAAAGGAGGCCGAAAUUACGGCCUUGCAAGAAAAGUUAGCCAUAUACCAAUGUGAGCAAAGGCUUAUGUAUAUAGAGCCUGUGUUGAUGGCUGACUGUGUACCUGAUGAUGAAGUACUAUUGGAAGAAAAGAGUUCAAGCAAGACAGGAGAAGAUGGCAAGCACAUUGCUGCAUGUGACGUAUUGGAGAAGAUCAAUCUUGGCACUGAGGACGAUCCACGUCCAACUUUCAUAAAUGCCAACUUGCCGGAGUCUGACAGGUAUGAGUUAAUUGCGUUUUUAAAGGAGUUUAAAGAUUGUUUUGCAUGAGAUUAUCAUGAAAUGUCUGGCUUAGAUAGAAAAUUAGUAGAGCAUAGGUUACCAAUUAAAAGUGGUUUUAGACCUUACAAACAACCACCUAGACGUUUUGCUUAUGAAGUCUUGAUAGAGAUUAAGAAAGAGAUUGGACGUCU